AUGCAGCAAAAUUCAACUAAUCGUGAAGAUGAUUAACCUAAUAAUAUUGUUGAUAAUUUAGAAUUUUAAUCUGUUCUUGAUAGUAUGUGUUACUUUUUACUAUUUUAAAGUUUUAAAUCUAAACGAUGAUUAAUUUCAAGAAGAAAUCCCAGAAUCAAAUAACCACAUUUAGUAGGGUAAUAACUAAUAAUAAAUACAAUUAGCUUAAAUCACAUAAGAAAUUAGUUAAAAUUAUGAAUAAAGACCAUAACCUGAUUUAGAGGGGGAAUUUUAUAAAGUUAGUCCUCAUUUCUUAGAAACUAAUUCUGUAAUUUUUAUCAUCUAUCCAUACAGACUUAUUAUUGCACUUUAUAGUCAAGAAGAUUUACAUAUUAUAAUAUUAAAAAUAAAGAUAAACCUUUAGGAAUUUUAGACUUUGAUUAUUAAAGAUACAUCUUUUCUUUUGUCAAAUCUAAAGAUGAUGCAUAUAUUCAAAGUUUCAUGUAUAGAUUUAAAUAUAAAAGAUUACAGCCAGAAGGCUGUGAAAAGAAAUUUGAAUUUGUUGUUCCAAGUAGAACCAGAGAACAUUCUAAAUAAUGGGUUUCUUUAAUUUAAUAGUAUAUUUAAUAAUCAAUUGGAUUUUAAAAUAAUGUUAACAGUUUAACGAAAUUUCAUAGAUUUUGGAGACAUGAAAGAAUUUUGGAUCCUUAAAUUUUAAAUUAAGCAUAAACUGGAGAUUUAUUGAUAUUUCGUACAAGAGGAACACUUUAAAAUUUAUAAAGAUCUGUCACUAGAAGUGAUUAUGAUCAUAUUGUUAUGUUUCUAAAAGACCCAUUGGAAGAUCUAAUGCUUUUUGAGUCUAGUAAUCAAUUUGGAGUUAUUUCCUUUAGUUAUAGUAUGAUUUUUGUGAUUUUCUUUAGAACGCUUUGUUCGAGCCAAGUCUUACAAAAAUUAUGAAAAGUAAUAGUUCUUUUAAACUCAAGGAUUUUAUAUAAACCCUUACUGAAUGUUUCUGAAAAUGAUCGUAUUCUUAUGCAUACUUAUGCUUCAGCAUAAAUUGGUAAAGGUUACUCUUUAAGCAUGAUGAAAUUCUUUAAAAAAAGUACAAGGUAAAACUUUUUUUGUUCAGAACUGAUUGCCUAUAUAUAUUAACUCAUGGGAUUUAUUCCAGAAUCAGAAAAGUGUUGUUCCUUUCUACCAGGUUUCAAUUUAUAUCUAACAUUUUAGGUCAUUUUACUGAUGAAGAUAAACGAUUAGAUUUACUUAAAUCUGCUUAACUAGGACCUGAUUAUAUUGUGGAUUUUUAUUAUCUAUAAUGA